AUGUUGGACGACUCUCGGAUGAAGCGAGCCAUAGAGCUUGCUCAUCAGGCUACUGCCUUGGAUCGGGAGGGGAAGUACCAAGAGGCGCUUGAUAUGUACACUCUAAGCCUGGAUAAUUGGAUGCUCAUUUACAAAUAUGAAGUGAACCCGGCUCUGAAGGCCCGUUUAUCUACGAAGAUCUCCGAGUACAUGAAUCGCGCUGAGCAAAUCAAGAAGUACCGUCUCCGUCCGAACCUUCGUCAAAUUGAAUCCCACUACAGGUACCUCGAGCGCAUGCAGUUACCAUCGACAGCUCCCCAACCGGGUGAUGGAGGUACUGCGGAAAUGAUGAGGCCAUCUGAUAGUGAGGAUGACAGUAAAGGGCAGGGCGACCAACAACAGGGUAAGAGCAAUCCCGAGAUGGAUAAGAUGAAGAAGGCUCUAGAAGGAGCUAUCAUCACCGAGAAGCCCAAUGUUCAUUGGAGUGACGUAGCCGGUUUGGAUCAGGCUAAGGCUAGUCUACAGGAGACUGUCAUUUUACCUACUAAAUUUCCACAGCUUUUCACCGGAAAACGCAAGCCCUGGAAGGGUAUACUGCUUUAUGGUCCUCCUGGAACUGGUAAAUCAUAUUUGGCUAAGGCGUGCGCUACUGAGGCUGACGCCACUUUCUUCAGCGUAUCGAGUUCAGAUUUGGUAUCGAAAUGGAUGGGCGAAUCGGAGAAGUUGGUGAGAUCCCUUUUCGAGAUGGCGCGGGCCGAAAAAUCCGCCAUUAUUUUCAUCGAUGAGGUCGACUCUCUGUGUGGAUCGCGGGACUCGGGAGAAAGCGACGCGACUCGGAGAAUUAAAACGGAGUUUUUGGUGCAAAUGCAAGGAGUGGGCAGUGAUAAUGGUGGGCAAGUGUUGGUGUUGGGCGCAACGAACUGUCCUUGGGACCUAGAUGCUGCGAUAAGAAGAAGGUUUGAGCGAAGGAUUUAUAUACCACUGCCAGAAGUGCAGGCCAGAAUAAGAAUGUUCGAGCUCAGUAUCGGGGAUACGCCGCACGAGCUGACCAGAAGGGACAUAUCGAAAUUAGCUCAGGAAACGGAUGGAUUCUCGGGCGCCGAUAUCAGCGUAUUGGUUCGCGAUGCUCUAAUGCAGCCAGUGAGAAGGUGUAGCCAAGCAACUCACUUUAAGAGGGUCAUUAAAGAUGGAAAAAAAUUUUGGACACCAUGCAGUCCGGGCGAUCCAGAUAGGACCACACAAGAGAUGAGUUUGAUGGAUAUCGGCAGUUCUGAAUUGCUCCCACCUAAAGUCUCCAGAGUGGACUUCCAAGUAGCUCUUUCUAACGCGCGUCCAUCGGUCGGAUCUGAGGAUCUGGCCAGACAAGAGGAGUGGACGGCUCAAUACGGCAUGGAAGGUUAACUGUAGCUGCAGCUUGUGAUCGAAGGGAAGGGCAUUUUGUAUUUUUGGAGAUAUACAUUAGAAUAGUAUUAUAACAUUACGGUGGGCUGUGAUAGUUACCCCAACGUACUCCCAUUUUUCAUUC